AUGUCGAACAACGUAAACUGGUCAGAUCUCCACUCUGACGUUCUACAGUUGAUUCUAGAACGUUUGAACAUCAUUACUUACGUUCGGACUCGAACCGUUUGCAAGAAUUGGUACGCAGUUUGCAAACGAAUCACUUCGGUACAGGAAAAGUCUCCAUGGUUGAUAAUCUUCCCUGCCGGAAGACCAAAGUGCGGUUCAUGUGUAGUGGUCGACUUUUCUACUGUUCCACUCACCGGUAUAUAUAAGUUUUACAGUUUGCACAAUCUCGGCGAUGACUUUAGUACGCACAGGUGUAUCGCAACUUCUGGAAGCUGGCUUUUAAUGUUAAACCCACGUUCUAGUUUAUACGUUUUGAAUGUUUUCACACGCGAGAGAAUCGAUCUUCCACAACUAGAGUCACACCAAGGAAGGCUACGUAUUGAGAGACGCCAAGAAACCACCUUCAUAAUAAAUAAAUCGUUAGUAACCGCAAGAAACGCUAUUAACAAGACAAACGCAGUUUUAUGGGUCGACGAGAAAACCAAACGUUACAUAGUUGUGUGGUCGAUAGGUUUCUUUUAUAUGAUGUACACUAGGAGUGGGCUCGAUUUCUGGAGUGAGAUACCUACACGUGAAGGUCCUGAGAAUCUACAUGGAUGUCAAGAUAUUGCGUUCAAAGACAACAAGCUUUACGUUCUAAGCCGUCAAAACCAAAUCAGAAUCUUGGACUUCUCUCAAGAACUCCCUCUAGCGUUAGCUAAUAACGUUGAACAUCAACCGUUUACAAAUGAAAGACCAUGGCGAGUUAAGAUCGGAGUUACAGUCUCCGGACAUGUUUUGAUGGUUAAGAAUCGGGUAGGUGAGGGUCCGAAGAUGUUAAAGAUUUUAAAGAGGGAUCCAGAAGGGACAAGUUGGGAUACUGUGGAAUCAUUAGAGGGAGAAGCUUGGAUCAUGGAUCUUGGUGUGACGAUACCAGCAGUAAAUUGGACUAAACCAAACUCUGUUUAUAUCUGCAAAGAUAAGCUUGUUUAUUUGGGAGAUGUUUCGACUCGAGAAUUAAGGAAGGUCCUAGAUCUUAACUGGGAUCGUAGGUUAAGUCACGCGAGGUGGUUUUUUCCUAGUCUUCGUGAGUUAUAA